UGAGUUCGUUGAAAGCAAGACGGACUUUUAUUUGGACAAAAGUGAUUUGUUAGGAUCUCUUUAGGUGGAGAGUGGCAUUUAGUUUUGCUUGAAUUUUAUUUAAAUUGCUUCAACAACCGUUAUGCGCCGCAAACUCUUGCUGCUGUGCUUGUUGCCCAUUCUCUGCGGGUUGGCUGCGAAGAAAGCGGCGCCAAAUGUGGCAUGUAGAGAUGAAAAUGGCGCAUUGGUUGACUGGUUCUACAUGUACAAAUUACCGCGCAUACACACACACUACGGCGCCCGACGCAACAGCAGCGGCUUCAACUACCUCUACAUUACAAGCAACAGCUAUGAUGCCUGGCGUUUGUCGACGCACGAAGUCACCUCGACCGAGUCCAUGCCAGGCAAACUACUACAACCGCUCUUCGACGAUGAGCGCGUGCUGUUGGUGGCCUACAACGACCAGAAACCCAACAGCAACUCGAGCACGCCGAAAGCACACGCGAAGGGACUGCUGGCAACAGAUGGCGAGACGGCAGUGUGGUUGGUGCAUUCGGUGCCGCGUUACCCGGAAAUACCCGUUUACAAAUAUCCGCUCACAGGCGGGCGUUAUGGUCAGAGUUUCCUCUGCAUGUCACUGCAGGGCAGCGAAGUGGAUAAGGUGGCCACGCAAUUGCGGCUAAUGGUGCCGCUGAUUUACUACACGCGCACACCCGAAGCGGUGCUCGCGCGCUUUCCCAUACUGCAGCAGGUGGUGGCGGGUAAGUGGCAGCGGGAGGCACCCUUUCAAAAUAAAGUCAAGCUGUCGACGCUCGGCGGCACAAAAUUCAAAUCGUUUGCGAAGAGCGGCAAGGCGGUAACAGAACUGUAUGAGGAUGUCAUAGCGCCGGCGCUGGACGUCAAUCUGCUGGUGGAGACCUGGCGUAAUGGUGGCGGUAAUUUGGAAACCAAUUGCACGCGGAGCGACAAAGUCUACAACAUACAAGAAAUCAAAGAACAACAACUGCAAAUCGCUUUCAACACCACAUCCGAUCACUCGAAAUGGGCGGUAUCGCAGGAGAGCGGUUUUCAGCUCUGGCGUUGGCGUGUCGGCGGCGCGGAUUGGCUUUGUGUGGGCGACAUUAAUCGGCAGCGGGAUCAGCUGGUGCGCGGCGGUGGUAGCGUUUGCUUGAAGAACAGCAAGGUGGCGCAAAUUUAUAGGCAGCUGAUACAGGGUUAUGAGCCAUGCCCAAGGCAAAUUAAUUGAAACGAAUGAAUGCAAGCGAUAGUGGGAGGUCUAAAAUUAGUCUAAGUACAUACUUACAUACAAAUGUAUGUAUAUAGUUAUGUUAACUAGUAAGAUAAAAUGUUUAAUGACUUAAGUUUAUUGCGCUUUUUGCGGAUUUUUAAUAUUCCCACAGCUCACAUAACCUCAAAACUUUAGAAAUAUUAACUCAUGUUAUCCUUAGCGUUUUUUGUUGUUGUUGUUGCAGCUGCAAAAACUUUGCUUAAAUAAUUUUGAGUAAUGCUGUCGAGUUGACAGACCUUGGUUGAAUAAAAAUAUUAAGUUCGGCUUACAUUGACUCGACUGUCUGUCGACUGUGCCAUAGUCCUUACUAUUCACUAAAUUUA